CUGCUCUUUUAAUAGUUUUGUAGAAAUGUAGACCAUGACCACAUAGAGAGUAGGGCAGGGCGGCGCAUGUGCGUUUCGCAAACAAACUACCGGUAAAUUAAAGGUAAAACACAAACUCUAACAAUGUUGAAAAAGAUACAAAAUUGAUUCUCCAGAAAUGAUAAAUAUAAUAUUCUAAAUAAAAGAAAUUACGAAGUCUACAUCGGUCCUUUGUGGUGAAGUGGAGCUGAGACGAUAGGUGCGGCCUUUCAAUUUACCGGUCGAUCUACAUUCCUUCCCUAACCUACAGUAUGGCUAUGAGCGUUGGGAGUGACCGAAAGGAGGACCGCGAGCGCGUUCUGACGGGUAGGGCACCUCUGCUUAUGCGAUGCCAGGCAGAGCUUCCAUGGCUUUUUGUAAGAUUUUAGACAGACUGUCCCUCGUUUAAAACAUGUACAGUGUGGGAAAUGAAACAUUGUGUCACGGGGAGGUAUUUUCACCAGCCUGGACAGACACAUGUGCAAACACAAGCACAGUGCAAAAUGUAUUGGAAACCUGCAGUCCAUGAGGGCAGAACCGGGACCAAACAGUCUGUUUCUGCACAGGAUGUUGAGUAUUACCUCAAGGGUCAGGACAUACGCUUGGCGCCAUCCAUCAUUGGAAAACCUGAUGGAAUUCUCUGGAUGCACGAUGGAAAUGAAGUGGUAUUGUUUGUUGGCAUGGAGGAGAGUGUGUUCUCGCCAUACAAGAACAGAAUCAUUUUGGACCGGGCCUCUGCAGAACUCACCAUCAAAAAUGCCACAUAUGAAGACAGUGGAGAAUAUGACCUGCAAGUGUUGAUAAACAAGCGGGUGCCUCAUUUUAGGUAUAGAAUUGAGGUCAUAGACAAAGUAUCCAAACCCAACAUAUCCUGUGAGAUGAGCGGCACAAAGCAAGCGACUCUCGUGUGCUCUACAGAGUCCAAACACCCUCGUUUAUUAGAGUUUAAGUGGAGCUCACGUGGAAAUGAGCAGACUGGACCAAAUUUAACAAUAACUGUCGAGAAUGACGACGAUGAAGAAGUUUAUCGUUGUGAUGUCAGCAACCCUCUGACCAAUGAAACGGCUUCAUUCACUGCUAAGGACUGCUUCCCGGGCAAACAAUCUGACACUCCAUUGGCUGUUAUCAUCACUCUUCUUACGCUCUUCUUCACGGUUGCCGUUGUUUUGGGCCGUGUGCUGUAUGAAAACUGCCAAGCGUCCAAACAUCUUGGACACAAUGAGAGAAGAACAGAAAAGUUUAAUUCAAAACAACAGGAUGACUCAGGGUGCAACAAGGAGUUGAUGAAGGAUGAGCUGAGGGAUUCCGCCGUUAGCCUCAAUACUUCCUCUGAUUCACUGCAUUCCGCUGGCUUGAACGCUUCCUCUGAACUUGAGGAUACCAGCAAGUCUCUCGAGAAACCUCUGGCAGCAACGUGAACAGUGAAGAUGACUUGGAAGCAACAACUUGACCUACCAUUCUGUGAAAGAGGAAGACACAUCCCCUACUUGGGACUCAGAUUGUUCCUCCAAAUUAUUUGACUGACAGUUUUGUAAGUUUAACAGCCAAUGGAUGUAUUUGAACAGAGAGAGAUGGAGCGUCACGGUGGCCUAGUGGGUAGGAUGUUUGAAACACUCAGGAGAUCGGGAAGAUGUGGGUUCGAAUCUCCAUUUGGUCAGUGUGAAUGUUUGGCUGGCUACAUCAGGGGUGCCCAUUAUGUUGAUCGCAGAGAUAAUUUGGGUCGAUCGCGUAAACGUCCCCCUGUAGAUGUCACCUGACAUUAAGCUCCCCUUGUGAUUUGCCAACGAUGAAGUUGCAAGCUACACACGUUGAUGCAACGUUCAUCUUUAUUAUUCCGAUUAGAGAUGAACUAACUCAGCGGUCAGUUGCCUUUAUCUAUAACAAAAGUUAUCCGUUCAAUCGUAGCGGCUACUUAUGUAGAAAAAAGUGGUGUGAUGGCGUUGCUGCGCGUCCUGAACGCCACUAUAGAAAUGCAUGUUUUCUGCACUUCCGUUUCUUAAAGUAUUAUUUCAUGAUUAGAUGGAAAAUGUGCCAUUGUUGAAACCUUUUUAAUGUUUCCUUGAUAAAAAGGAAAAUCAGUGAACCUAACUAAAACUAAAGUAAUGCUAUUUGGUGCCAAAAAGUGCAAAAAGGAAGCACACGAGCAAAUACAAACUGAUGGUGUAGACCAGGGGUGGCAAACACAAUUUACCUGGGGGCCGCUGGAGGUAGAGUCUGAGUGAGGCUGGGCCGCAUCAAGUAUUGGGAGUAGGGCUGGGAAUCUCGGGGUACCUCACGAUGCGACACGCGAUGCAUGGCUCACAAUAACAAUAAUAUCUUGAUACAGUAAUAGGGUGAAUCAAAUAAAUGUAAUAAAUAAUUUCACAGUUUAUAUUUUGCUGCAUUCAGCUGGGAUAGGCUCCAGCUUACCUGUGACCCUAAUGAAGACAAGCGGUAUAGAAAAUGGGUGCAAUUUUUUUUCCACAUUUUUUAAGUAACUCACUCACUCUUAGUUGAGUGUAACCGUAUGUGUGCGUCCUACGAGUAACAUUGGCUUGUCGCACGCCGUAUUACACUCAUCUUUGAAGACAAGUCGCGCGCCGCAAAAUGUGACUCGGCGGGCCGCAAAUGGCCCACGGGCCACGAGUUUGAGACCCCUGGUGUAGACACAGUAACAGACGAGAAGAUGAAGUGGAAAUCUCACAUUACAAAUUUACAACAUAAUGAAAAAAAAAUGACAACAAAGUGGCAAGAAACACCUCAACACUCAAUAAAGCAAAAUUAGUUGUAGACCACAAAGCACUCCUUAUACGCUCUACUGUUCACUGAUGACCAUAUCUAACUUAUUGUGCGGAGUUAUGGGCUAAUAUUUGUGCUACAAAAUAAUUGUGCUACAAAAAAGGCCACUUAGGAUAAUAAUCCAUAAUGCCGCUGAUCAAACAAUAACCUUCUACCCAAAAACGUAAAACAAUUCUUAUCAACGAGAGAGGAGAAAUAGGAUCAAAAUGGAAAAUUAAACCUAAAACACUUAUAUGCACUGACAACACGAAAAACGUUUCUGUAUGUGUAUCAGUCCCGUACGCUCGCGUUGCCUGCUUUGUACACAGACCCCCACCCACUCUGCUUGGGAUCUUCCUGUAGCUGCUGUGACAUAGUCACUAGGAUUGCCGGAAUGACCCAUAUUUCACUGGAAAGUGCAGACUCUCUCACUACGGAAGCCUUUGGAAUAAUUUUGAUAGUUCAAAACUUACGGAAUCGCUUCAAUGUUUAAAAAUAAUUUGAAAAGGUCCGACGGGCUGGAUCAAAACUCUUAAUGAGCCAGCUCUAGCCCACGGGCUGUCGUUUGCCCACCCCUGGGCAAGGCCACAGGGGCACACUUGGUGCCUCUGCUUCCAUCAUCAGCAAUUCUGGUCCCGCAAAACAACCUUCAAACUUUGCAGUUUCCCCAGUCAAACCAGCAGACGUCACGGGUGCUGACUAAAUGGGGUAAAAGGCAUGCGUGAGCUGGACUACAUGUGGAGAACGUCACGGCCAUCCUUAGCGUAUACGAUCGAGAACAGUUAAUGAAGUGUGUCUGUUGGUUAUUUUUGUAAAUAUAUUUGUUCAUACAUCUUUUGGACGUGUUUGUAUGAUUUGCACAACAUCUCACCUUGGGAGCACAAUAAAGCAACCACCAAGU